ACAAUAAAUCGACGUCACUAACAACAACUUCAUAACGUCACAUAUAAAAUAUGUACAAAGUGGGAAUUAUUUUUGCAGUUAAUAUUGUAACUUUAUAAAGAUUACGACGUUGAUAUUCACAGGUUUAUUCUCUUUAUUUUGAAACAUGGGGAAAGGUCCUGUGGAAAGGUUGCUUCUGCAAGACGAGUACAAGGAGACCAUACAGGAAAAUGUUGUCGUGGAAGGUCAGUUUGUAGAGAUGGAUCAAAGAGGUGAGGCAGUCAAUCUUGUUUGGCUGGCAAUGUCUCAGAACUAUCUGUAUCUCGCCAGACGUUUAUUCCCAGACUGGGAUGACGUGGAUCCCAGACAACUGUGUCUGCGCACUAACAUCUCCGACGAUCACCUCGAUGUCGAAGGGUUACAACUCAAAAGUAUCAUUCCCAUCAGCUGCAUGAAAAUAUCUGCACUUGACAACGAGUAUAUUCUUAAAGUAACGACAAAGCAUCACCAGGCUCGGUAUUUUGAACUAUGCACGUUGCGAGGUCGAGACAAAUUGUGGAGGAAGUGGUUGAAGAAGGUAGUCUGUCUCUAUGGUGACACGCAAGACUGCAGCUCCCUCAAGCUGAUACGUCAUCGCCACGCAUCCACUUCCAGCACUGACAUACGACUGGUCAGUGCUAGUGAGAAGGAAUCAAACAAACGUGAAAAGAACCCUCUUUUUCUGCUUGUAGAAAACACGGACACUUCUGGUGUAUGCUCUUGGACAAAUGCAGUAGAACCUGCAAGAAGAUGCGGAAACUAAAGCUGGACAGUUUAAAUGUUUGGUUACAUGUAUAAUUAUUUACUAUUUUCGUAUUGGUUACGUUAUUAUCUUUAAAAACAAAAACAAAACACAACAUAUAUUUAAUGGAAAUGUAUGUAAAAAAACCCGACACAUUUUAACGCACAAAAGACCUUUUAUUUGGUUACGGCCAAUUAAAAUUAACAAAGACUGAUCCUUCAUAAAAUGGAUCCAAAUAUAAAACUAUAAACAGUUUAAAAUAUUUAAAAAGAAGAAAAAAAAAGAAGAAAAAAAAGAAAGAGAAAAAACAAGAUUAAUAAAAUAUUUGUUAUAUUCAGUAAAGAGUUAAAAUGCUUUUGGUCAGAGUUAAAUAUUUUCUGUUGUUACGAUCUUGGACUUUUCGUCUAUUGCUUAGUAUAUUUUUAUGUUUUAUAAUAGGACGUUCUUAUUUUGUAUACCCAAUGGUACUGAAAUAUAUUUGUAACUGGAACUUAACAGGCCGAUUUGGCAAGUUUUGAAAUAAAGUUAUUAUUAAUUA